AUAAAUAAAUAGCGUCCAUCGAGGGUAGGGGCAAAUCAAAACGACAAAAAACACACAAGCGAUACGACACUGAAAAAAGUAGGGAUCAGAAAACAGAAGCCGUAAGUCUUGUUUUUCUUGUAGGCACCAAGAUCAGAAUACGAUCAGCGAUGGCGGAAGAUCUGGUACUUGACACGGCGAUCAGAGAUUGGGUGCUGAUACCUCUAUCGGUGGUGAUGGUCCUUAUCGGCAUCCUUCGCUACUUUGUCUCUAAGCUCAUGCGCUCCUCUCAAGUUCCCGACCCUAAGAUAGUUAAAGAAGGGCAAGUAAUUGUUAGGGCUCGGAAUUUGCGAGCUGGUGCUAAUUUUAUCCCUCCCAAAUCCUUUCGCUCUCGUAGGGUUUAUUUCAGCAAUGAGGAAAAUGGGUUACUGUUUGUCCCCAAGGGCCAAGCUCAAAAUGCGCAAGCGCAAAUGUUCUCUGACCCUAACAUGGCUAUGGACAUGAUGAAGAAAAACCUCUCUAUGAUUAUACCUCAGACUCUCACUUUCGCAUGGGUCAACUUUUUCUUCUCUGGAUUUGUUGCAGCCAAAAUACCCUUCCCAUUGACUCAGAGGUUCAGAUCAAUGUUGCAGAAUGGAAUUGAUCUUAGCACAGUUGAUGUGAGCUAUGUCAGUAGCCGCUCAUGGUAUUUCCUCAAUUUGUUUGGUUUGAGGGGUUUAUUUAGUUUGAUUCUAGGAGAGGAAAAUGCAAUGGACGAUACACAGCGUAUGAUGCAGAUGAGUGGAUUUGGCUUUGAUCCAGCAAAGAGCCUGAGUGCUGAGAAAGACGGUCUUGACAUUAUCCAACAUGAAUGGGCACUCCCUAAAUUUGAGCAUAGGGCUGAAGAAGUAUUGAAAAAACUCAUCAGAUGAAGAUGAGGAGCCUGUAAACAGCUGUCAGAAGGGGAUGGUUCAAUUGAAGAUAUCAUCUGACAAAGCUUGCUGAACUGUAAAAGAUGACAUACCUGUAGAACCCAGGUCUAGGUUUUACUUCAUAUUCCAGUUCUACGGAAAGCAAGUAGAAAACUUUCGACCUUCCUAAGUAUGGCUUAUUAUUGAUGUAGUAUCUUUUCUUUAUCAAACCCACUGCGGAGACUGUCUUACUUUUCUUCGCUUAGUUGUUUCGUUGUGGGAUAAAGAGGAAAAACAGAGAAAGCUCAUAGAGCAAAGAGGGACGCUUCAGCUGAUGUCUUCUUAUGUGUUUAGGCGCCUGGGAUUUUUGAAUAUUUUCUUGAUUUUAAGAGAACUCUUUAACAAACUAAUUAUCAUAAUCGUAAUUAUAUUGUCUGUCUUAAAAUUGAAAACAUUAUUGCCAUGGGCUUAGGGCUGACCGUUACUGGUGGCCCGAAAUUUCGGAUACUUUAUACCCUGAUGGCCCAUAUCCUGUCAAUAGGUGGAAAAAAAAAAUGGAGGAGAAGAAAGGGACAAGGUAUUACACUCCCUAACUGAUCGGCUCGAGAAUAGAAACAGAAAAUUAAAGGGGCAGGUAAUUGUCUGGUACAGCCUUGUCGUCAAGUCGUAGCUCAAAAAGGCAAUACGGCCAUGAUUCUUUUUCUUGGGCAAGAGGCGACCGGUUCCUUCUAU